AUGAAAACGCAUGUGAAGCUGGCGCUCCGGUUGUACGCAAAGGGCAAGCUCUCCUUGCAGAAUGUGCAGUCCCAGAACAUUGAUGUUAAGUUCCUUUCCCGCGCCACUGAUACAUCCGGCAAACAGCGCAUCCUUGAUCGAAAGGCUGAUUAUACCCUCUCCUACUCGCAUGACACGGCACCUUUUGAAGCUCUAUAUGCACGCCUUCUCCAGCACAGAAACCAGUGCAUUAGCCAUACGACUGAUGCCUUUACCAAAACUACAGCUGUCUUCUCUGGGGUAGAGGUCAAGCCCGCUAACGGUGACAAGCUUGAGGCCCAAUAUCAGCUUAGUAUAUGGAUGGCGGCGAAUCUGCGUAAGAAAACGAAACUAGCACGACAUGCGGGGCUACCCGACACGACCUACCUUAUAGAGCCAGGCUUUACUGUUGUAGGACACGAGCUGUACUUCUAUAUUGCGUACAUGGAUUCUAGACAAGGUGAAGCGGUGCGUAUUCUAGAGUUUGGUAAUGCUGCAACUAGUAGUAUAUCUGGCGCUUUUAGACAGCUGAGAAUGUGGCGGAACGUCAUAGAAUACGGCCUUGAAGAGGGCCCGGACGGUUUCUGGGGCGGAUUUCUGAAGCCUGUAUUGGAAAAAUUAGCAGCUGGAAACGAAUAG